AUGUUUUAAAAGAUUAAAAGUCAUAAAAAGCUGAUUUGGAGGAAGCUUUGCAUUGAAACCUUCCAAAAGAAGUCAAAAAAAAAAAAUAUUAUUCAAUAAAGAAUUGAAGCUAAUAUUUAAAUUUUACAAUAAUUUACUUAUUGUAAACUAUAUUAAAACUAAUGUGACGCAUAUCUGCCUCUAGAAAUGUAUUAAAAAUCCUUUGAGAAUGAUUAAGAGAAUAAAUUAAGUUUAAAUAACUUAAGUUUGGCUUACAUGAAAAUAAAUUAGACUGAUGAAGUCUUAGAUAAAUCUUGA